AAAUGGUUUCCUAAUCCUAUCUGUCAUGGCUGAAGGUGUGGAAUGAAUUUGUCCAAAACUAAUAACAUCAUUGUAUUACAUGUUGUAGGUGAAGGAAUAAGAAUGUUAUAGUGCCACCUUAACACGUGUUCUGGUAAUACCUAAGACGUCAGACUAAUGGGAAGGCAACAGUAAAUCAAAUAAUGUACCAUGAAAUGUUACGAAGACGACAAUAAAACUUUAAAAUUAAAUGAGACAAGUUUUUGAGCAUGUGAAAAGAACUGGAUGGGUUCUUAGCAAUGUCAACGAACCAGAAACUAUAUCAGGUCAUAUGUACCGAAUGGCAAUCAUAUCUUUCCUGCUUGAUGAAAAUGAUAAUGUUAAUAGAGACCGAGUUAUGAAGAUAUCUCUGGUUCAUGACAUGGCAGAAAGUGUAGUGGGUGACCUCACUCCACUCUGUGGAGUCUCAGAAGAAGACAAACAUACACGAGAGGUGGCAGCCAUGGAGCACUUUAUUACCUUGGUUGGAGAAAAAGCUGGCAAUGAGAUGUUCAACUUAUUUAUGGAAUAUGAAGAUCAGAAGACACCUGAGGCAAAACUUGUUAAAGACUUGGAUAGGUUCGACAUGAUUUUACAAGCCUUUGAAUAUGAAACAAGUCAGAAUCGAAUAGGAACAUUGGAAGAAUUUUUCAAGUCCACCGAAGGAAAAUUUACGCACCCCAAAGUGAAGCAGUGGGUUGAAGAAUUGUAUGAACAAAGGAAGCAGACACUGGGUGAACUUACGGAAAGUUCUUAAUUUUAUCCAGCAGUAGACUUUAUUAAUAAAAUAAUUUGUGAUAUUUGGCAUAUCUUUUUAACUUUCUUAAAUUUUAUAUUAUUUUUUACUUUUAUGUAUUAAAUUAAAUACAGUAUUACUGAAUUUAUAUGCUUAUGUUGCUAUGUGUAUCUUACCUGUCAUAAUUUACUGUCUUAACUUUUUCAUCACAUCUAUGUAAAUUAUUGUAACAAUUUUCUUUUCAAUUAUGAAAAUUAAUUUCCGAUAAAUUCUAAAUGAAACAUUUACAGUAUUGUAUAGGUAUUCCUCGCUUAACGAAUGGGUUAGUUCCUGGAAAACUAUUCAUUAUGUGGAUUUUAAUAACUCAAAUAAUAGAACAAAUAGGAAAAUAGGGUUCGGUUCUUCACCGACAAAGAAACCCAAUAUUAUUACCCCCAAAAUAUGAAAUUGCUUCAUGAACAAAAAACCUACACAACUAAUGAAAAAUAGUGCAGUACCUGUACUGUAUCCAGUAACACUACUUCACUACCUAACACAUUUAAAACAUUAAUAAAACACUGAGUUCUAUCUAUAUGAAAAUGUGCAGCUAAAACCAUCAAGAAAAGCUAAAUAAAAGUUUAAUACAGCCGUUAUUUGCACAAUAUGCAGCCAUAUGGCCUCAAAGCUCCCCAUAGCAACUCAGCCCAGCUUGGAUGCUGCCUCCGCUUAGAUCUGGGGUUAUCAUCAUUAAGCGAGAAUACACUGCUGCCCAUCUCUCAUAAGAUUGCUGCCCCAGCUGACUCCCAAGGCACACAAUUUACAUUUUUGCUGGGACCCAAAUUCGUAUUAGCAGGGGAAGCUUUUAUUAGAUGAAAAAGAGGUGUUAACUUAGUUAAUUUUUAUAAGCGAAUUUUCUUAUCUUGAACCUUCAUUAAACGAGGGAUAUGACAACAGACAAAGGGUUUUGACAACCCUACCGACACAACAGGAAUCUGUGUUCAUUCUGACAUCCAUUGGCCCCCACCUUACAGAUACUUUCUGUAGCAAGUGUACAGGACUCUCACUUUUGAAUCAAGUCAAAGCCGUAUGUGGAGAUACCCGGUACUUUUAUCUCUAACCAGAUGUAAUUUGAUAUCAGUGACAUCAGGCAAAAAGUGAUUUAGUACAUCCUUGUAACUUUUGGAAACAAAUGAGUGUGUCUCAUUUGUUUAUGUAUUUAUUUAUUUAUUUGACACCAAAUACCAUCAUAGUAAAGAACUAUUUACUCACACAUCUUUAUCCAUGAAUUUAUUACUUCAACAUAAAUCUAUUCUCAGAACAAGAUGUCACUUGCUAAGUUUUCUUAACCCUUAAAUUGUGGCCAAGGAUUCUCUAAUUUGCCUCCGUAUGCAGAAUAUGGAACACAAAGGAACGUAAGUCACUGUCGCCUACCGCUAACAUCCAAUGAUAAUGGCCACCAUUUAAGGGUUAACCAUUAUUAGCUAUCAGUUAUCAUAUACUUUUGUUUAUAAAGCAGCAACUUUUUGAAAACCUGUCAUUUAUAUUUAAAUUGUAUUAUAUUAUUUACCAUUACUUUACAGUUACUACUUACUUGUGUCACAAUUUCGUGCAGACAUAUCUACUUUCCCCAUAAAUGUUUCAGUUACAUAUCAUCUCUGAAUCAUUAGGAAACUGCUAUGAACUCUUGAAAUUACAGUAGUGGCUAAUAAAGGCAGCAUGCAAUAUAAAAAAUAAAAAAAUUAUUGGA